GGUAGUUUGUAAUUCCAUUUUCGUCUGUUCAUUAGAAAUGUCACAGUGAAACAGUAUUAUUUACUGGAUAACAUUUCAAACAUAACUUAUUGUUCAUAUUCAAAUCAAGUCUUGAUGCUGAUAUGUGCUGAAGUCUAGUUGGCAGUCAUUCAAAGACGGAUAUUAUUUUUUUCCCAAGUGGUGGGCAUAUUCAGUGACUUCACUCCCUAUGUCUUUCAGCCUGGUUCGUGAAUAUGAUCUUUCAUUUGUUCAAACGCUUUAAUUUCCCGGAUUUCUAUCCACAGCGUUUAUGCACCCUAAACCUCAGCUGAUGGCAUUGUGUCGUCUUUUAACUUCAGGAGAUAGAUGCUUUCCAGACAGCAAAUUAUUCCCCAAAUCGUUUAAGGACUGCAAGAUCGAUAUAUAAUUCCAUAAUUUAGUUUAUUGUGAAACAUAUACAAUGUCUGUUUCCUGAACUGCCUAGACCUGCCAGAUGAGCCAGUGUCCCGUAGAAAAUUCAAAUCUUAAUCGUCAAAAUCCUAUAUCUUGUACCACCUCUGAUGCUGAGGUUUGUGUUUCAUUUGCAAACUGUCUAUCAUCCAGCCCAACAUAUCACUCAUUAUUAUCAUCACGCGCUACUCUACCAGGAGUUGGCUCAUUUUUAGACAAAUCUAAUCACUUAACAAAUUACUCCCCUGUUAAAUAUCACGAUGCAGGAUCUAACCCAGUUCCUAUGAAUCCUCAUGUUAAAGAAGUUGACUGUUUUGAAAACAGUCUUUCCUACUCACUUAAAUCAGAAGACUGCAUUCAAGACUUCGAAUUUAGUACUUUUACUACUUCUACUACACAUACCCAGUCAUGUUUUGCUUCUCCUUCACAACCUAUUAAAUCAUUGGGUUCUAAUCUACCUGUCCAGCCUAGUGAAACUGUAAUGAAUCGUUUUACUCAUUCAUUGUCUAUGGAUCAUACAGAUGUGGAAGAUGGUGGAUUAGAUUUAGAUCGAGUGUUUGUUGCUAUUGUUGGUGAUCAAAAUCCUGAGCAUCAUAUUUUCAGUACUGAUGAUAUUGAGCACUGUUCAGAUAAUACGUCAAAUUUCUGCAACCAACGGUUGCCUAACAUAAAUAUACAGUUAUCUGCCGAUCAUAGUAUGCCUACUGUCUGUUCAAACAAUAAGAAAUUAUUACAUUAUUAUUCUGUAGUGGAUACUCAAGAAACAAACCACCAAAUCCAAUCAAAUCUAUCCAGUCUUGUAGAUGAAUUUAAUAUUGCUCAUGAGAGCUCAACUGUCGGAGAUUCUACCUAUUUAACUGUCUCAAGCAGUGGAAAGCUACUAUCUGCUGAAGAUUGUUCCUCACCAAAGGCAGUACGUAAUAAAUAUUCAUCAGAACACUCAACCAUUUCUCGUUCCAUUAGUCAAUCUGAACAUGUCUUACCUCCGAUUAUGUUAAGCUACAGCAAUUCUGUCAAAAGCACUCCUUACAAUCAGCCUCCUCUGCUUCCUGUUUCUUCGCCUUCACCAUACCAUGGCUUAUGUUUCAUUCCGGAGUCAUCCUCAAAGAAUCUUUCUUAUACGCAUGAUGCUUUCAAAUCCAGCUAUCGUAAUACUGGAUCAACAUCCGCCUGCACCAUUUCAAAAGACAUUCUGUCCAGUUCGGUAGGUAGUGUUAAAUCAGGAUUUUCUGCACCGGGCACUGUAGUCAAGUCUCAAAUCUCAACAACUCCAAGUUAUCACGGCACUCAUUCCGUCCACUCUACACUUUACGUUUCGGAGAGAGAUAGUAAAAUUUGCACGCCAAGUUCCGGAGGUUCAUCGACUACGGAUCUAUCUUAUUGUUCACCAAUUAAAACAAACUCUCCGCCUUCAAGCUUUUUUGAGAUUUAUUCACCAUGUUCUGAUGAAACCGUUACACUAGAUAAUCUUGAACUUGAUCAGAGUAGUAGUUGUAUUGUGGAAACAUCUUUAGAUACAGAGGUCGAUCAAACAUGCAAAAUGCCUAUGUCUUCGGAAGCUAUAGCUCGAGUAUGCGCAGUUUGUGGCGACAAAUCUUCAGGAUUUCACUAUGGUGUCUCAACAUGCGAAGGCUGCAAGGGCUUUUUCCGACGUGCUAUACAACGGGAACAAUUAUAUACUUGUGCUCGAAAUGGUACCUGUGAGAUCAAUAAGACAUUACGUAAUAAGUGUCAACAGUGUCGACUCCUCAAGUGUAUUGCUGUCGGAAUGUCGAAAGAUGCUGUUCGUAAAAGACGUCAUGGGAAAAAGCGCCUGUUACCUUCACUUCCAGUUACUCUAUCUAGUUCAGAUUGCUCAGGAAGAUCUGAAACUUAUUCUUAUUCAUCAUCGGGUUCAGAUGUAUUUUUAACCCCAUCCCAUAUGCAUUUAGAUAAAAUAACGCUUAACCCCUAUGAAGUGCAAGUGAUACCAACCAACCUUCAAUCUUCGUCCUCUAGUGAUAUACCCCCGCCGGUGAUCUGUGACAAUAGUUUGAGUAAAGAGGAUCAACAGACAUUAAAUAAAUUUGAUCACUUUUUGAAAUAUUGCAAAGAUCAAGCAUUAAAGUACCAGAAGAAUAAUUGGAAUAUUUUAAAGUCUGACUAUUACAGUUUAUCAGGAUCCUUAUCAAGACAUUUAUCUCCGAUAAAGCCCAAUUCAAGUGAAUUAGGUGAGUCGAUGAAACUUCUCACCGUAGAUGAAAUAUUCUGCCCUGCUCAACUUAAAUUCACUCAUGAAUUCGCUUGUCAUUUGGAACAGUUCACACGACUUUCACAACAUGAUCAAGCUAUUCUACUAAGAGAUUGUUUACCCGAACUUGCUAUAUUAAUGUUAUGUCGUGAAAAUCGGAGUAAUAUGCCUACAAAUUCUUCAUUUACGUUGAAAAAUCAUCAAUUGAAUUGUCUGUUUAGCCCAUGGUUUCCUAAUUCAGUGGUUACAGAUUCUUCCAUGGAUUGUUUGCACAUGACUAGUGAUAGUGUAACAGCCCGAAGUGUUUUUCAGUUUGCUGCAAGGCUUCAACGUUUAAAUUUGACAAAUACAGAAUUUGGACCGCUUAUUGGUGUAAUACUGUUUACUCCCGAACGUUCUAACUUGUUGGAUGUCGACUUUGUUAAUCGUACACAGAAUUUAUGGGCUGAAUUACUACGUCGUUAUUGUGAGAAUAAUGGAUCUCAAACACGUUGUGCUCAUUUAAUUAUGAUUUUAUCUACACUUCGUGAGCUUGCCGCUAAAAUAACGCAUAAUUUGAAUUCAUGGUAUAAACUGACAAAGUCACCAGUAUCAAAUUGUCUCAGGGAGUUUCUUUAUUCUUCCGGUUUUAAUUCAACUAGUGAUUAUUUUUAAUUGUCUAAUUAAUUGAUUAACUUUUUUCUUUAUGUGUAUGUUUAUGUGCGUGUUGUGUGUGUGUGUGUGUGUGUGUGUGGUAUGCAUAUAAAGUAGGACUGUGGAAGAUCUCAUAUCAUAUGUUUUUAUCUACCUCUUUUAGAUUCUUCUCAUAGGUUUUUUUAAUUCUUGGUCAUGUAUGAAUAUGACUAGCAGAGAACAGUCGUCUAUAUGAUCAGUUUGCAUAAAUUUUUGCUACUAUUCAAUGUACACACGCACAAUCAUCAUGCUAUGCAUGAUUAUUUUUUAAAUACUAAUUCUCAGUGUACUAUUUGAAAGCUGGACAGGAUAAGGAAUUUUAAGUGUUAUCCAUGUAUGUGUUUGUAUGCAAUCAACUUUCAUUUCUUUCUAUUAGUAUCAAUGAUAACGGUUUUUUUUGUAUCACUUUGUUAUGCUCAGGGCUCUUUUAUUUUCUGUACGUGUGUAUACGCAUACAUUAUUCUUAUAGUGAAUACUACUCAUUGAUAUUUACUCAGUGAUUUUUUUUGACUUACCAUGACUAUUGAUAUUAUGCGCCUAAUUAUCAUUAUUUUGUUUAUGUUGCAAAAAUAGGAUUUGGAAAUGGACAAACUAUACUUAUUUGUUUAUCUAUUCUUCUCUCUCUUCCUCUUUACUUCUAAUGUACAUUGUAUUUCUGAGUGAGUGUACUGGUAUGUACACAUAUACGCACACAUAUCUCUUUUCUGAAGUAUUAAAUUAUGUGUUAUGCGUGAUAU